AUUUCAAACUGAAGUUGACUUCCAGCCCUUUCAGAGCUGUAGAACUUGUUUUAAUCAACUUCCCUUGAUAAAAGAGCUGGAUUCUAGCAACUAUACCUCCUUUAUCCUCUCUCUACUGAUGUCUGGAGCCAUGAGAAUUUUUUUCUUAGUUUCUGCUGCUCUCAUUCUCCUUGCUCACAUUUUCUCAGCCCAUGGAGCUAUACACAGAAGGAUGCAGUGUCAGAAGAUGGAUGGUCGCUGUGAGGUUGAGUGCCUUUCCUUUGAAGAUAAGAUUGGGGGCUGUAGAGCUGAACUGACACCACUUUGCUGCAAAAAAAGGAAGAAUAAUUAAAAGCCAAGCAGGAGCUCCAGAAAGUGAGAAGCAAAGAUCCUCUGGCUGUGAGCUCCAUGCGGCAAACAUCUCUG